GCCGCAAGAACACCACAGAAUUCAAGAAGAGAGGAGGCCUCACAGAACCGCUCGUCUCCUCCCUCCACUCCUCCGUUCCAAAUCCCGCCAAAACUGUCACCAACCAUGGCGACAUGGCGCCAUCAGCGCCCUCCCUUCCCUCGCCAUACACUUCGCCUUCGCCUUCUCCUCCUCUUAUCUGUUUCUCUCCAGAGCUGCUUGUUUUGCUUCUACUUGUAGCGGCGAGCUGCCGGUGCUGAGGUCGGAGCAGCGGCGGCCAUGGCGGACGACGGCAAGAGCAGUAACCAGAUCCUCCAGGAGCUCGACGCGCUCAGCCACACGAUGUACCAGGCGCACACCAACCGCCGGACCGCGUCGCUCGCGCUCCCUCGCUCGGCGACCGAGGUUAAUGGCGGUGGCGCCGAUGUUGUCCGGGCCGAGUCGCGCCCGCGGUCGCGACGGCUGUCCCUGUCGCCGUUCCGAUCGAGGCCUAAGCAGGGCAAGAACGCGAACGAUGAGGGUGACGACGACGACGAUGACGGCGACGCCGGGGCACGCCGCGUGGGCGCGGCGCCGUCCAAGAGCCAGAGCUUCGCGGCAGUGACGACCCCGGCCGGCGGCGGCGCGGCGACGGCGGGGGAGAAGAAGGGGAUAUGGAGCUGGAAGCCGAUCCGCGCGCUGUCGCACAUCGGCAUGAACCGGCUCGGCUGCCUCUUCUCCGUCGAGGUGGUGGCGGCGCAGGGCCUGCCGCCGUCCAUGAACGGGCUGCGCCUCGCCGUCGCCGUGCGCAAGAAGGAGACGCGCGACGGCGCCGUGCAGACCAUGCCGUCCCGCGUGCAGCAGGGCGCCGCCGACUUCGAGGAGACGCUCUUCGUGCGCUGCCACCUCUACUGCAGCGGCGGCGCUGGCACCGGCAAGCCGCUCAAGUUCGAGCCCCGGCCGUUUCUCCUUUCGGCGGUGGCCGUGGACGCCCCCGAGCUCGACUUUGGCCGGAGCGCCGUGAACUUGAGCCUCCUCGUGAAGGAGUCCACGGACAAGAGCCACCAAGGGGAGCGCGUCCGGCAAUGGGACAUGGCGUUGCCGCUCGCCGGGAAGGCGAAGGGCGGCGAGCUCGUCGUCAAGCUGUCGUUCCAGAUCAUGGACGACGGUGGUGUAGGUCUGUACAAGCAACCCGAAGCAGCAAGGAAGACGACCUCCUCUUCUUCUUCCUUGUUUGCGCGGAAGCAGAGUAAGCUAUCGUUCAGCAUCACGAGCCCGAAGGUAUCGCGCCCCGAGCCGACACUGACGGCGACGAAGGGCUCGCCGUCGCCGGACUUGAAGGGCAUUGACGACUUCAAGCUCGACGAGCCCAAUCCGCCAUUGCUGGAGGCCAAGAAAGAGCCAGAGCCGCCGGAGACGGAGGAGAAAGGCGACGACUCGGAGUUCCCGGAGUUCGACGUCGUGGACAAAGGUGUGGAAGGGCAAGAAGAGAACGUUGAAGCGAAAGGUGAGGCGGAAGACGGCAAGGAAGGAGCCAAGGUGGAGGGGGAGGAUAAGGCGACGUCGGCCGCCGGCGACGAGGUGGUCAAGGAGGUGGUGCACGACAGCGCGCACGCGUGGCGCAUCAACGAGCUCGAGGCGAUCACCAACCAGAUCAAGGCUCUCGAGUCGAUGAUGCUCGGCGACGCGCCACCCACCGCCAAGACGGAGGAGCCGCAGGACGGCGACGACACGGGAGGGCUGGACACCGACGAGGAGGAGGUGACCCGAGAGUUCUUGCAGCUUCUGGAGCAAGGAGACGGCAGGGGCGCCCUGGCCAAGUCGGUGUCCUCGCUCAAAUCCGGCGUGAAGCGCGGCUCCGCCGCCGCCGCGUCCAGCUACAUCUCCGACCUCGGCAAGGGGCUCGGCCCGAUCGUGCAAACCCGGGACGGCGGCUACCUGACGGCGACCAACCCGUUCGACAUCCCCGUGGAGAGGAAGGAGCUCCCCAAGCUCGCCAUGCAGCUGUCCAAGCCGUUCAUCCUCCAAGACCAGAGGCUCCCCGGCGGCGGCGCCGAGCUGUUCCAGCGGCUGUGCGCCGGCGGGUGCGAGACCCUCUUCGCGAAGCUGGCGGCGCUGAUCGCGACGGACGAGGUGGUCGGGAAGACGGCGGAGCAGAUCGCCUUCGAGGGCAUGGCGUCGGCGAUCAUCAGCGCCCGGAGCGCGGCCCUCGGCGCGAGCUCCAGCGCGGCGCAGUCCGUGUCGCUGCUCCGGACGAUGUCGACGGCGAUGAGCGACGGGCGCAAGGAGAGGAUCGCCACCGGCAUCUGGAACGCCCAGGAGACGCCGGUGACCGUCGACGAGAUCCUGGCGUUCUCGCUGCAGAAGAUCGAGACGAUGGCCAUCGACGCGCUCAAGGUCCAGGCCGACAUGGCCGACGAGCAGGCGCCGUUCGACGUGUCCCCGGUCAGCGAGAAGAGGAGCGGCGGCCACCUCCUCGACACCGCCGUGCCACCGGAGGAGUGGGCGCUCGCCUGCAUCGGCGCGGACACGGUGACCAUGCUGCUCGUCGCCCAGCUAAGGGAUCCCCUGCGCCGGUACGAGGCGGUCGGUGCGCCGUCGAUCGUCAUCAUCCAGGCCAUCAGAGCCGCCGGCAGUGACGACGACGAGCCAAGGUUCAAAGUAGCCAACCUGCACGUCGGCGGCCUCCGGCUGAAGUCGGCCGACCGGCGUAACGUCUGGGACGGCGAGAAGCAGCGGCUCACGGCGAUGCACUGGCUCGUCGCGUAUGGGCUCGGCAAAGCCGGCAGGAAGGGAAGGACGUCGGCGGCGGCGGCGGCGAAGGCCGGCCAUGACGUGCUCUGGAGCAUGUCGUCGAGGGUGAUGGCCGACAUGUGGCUCAAGCCGAUGCGCAACCCGGACGUGAAGAUCCCUCUCAAGUAGCUGCUGCCUGCUUCUGGGAUUCUCUGCAUCUGAAAAAAAAAAAGAAGAUUCAGAUUCCAGGUUUCAAAUAUAGCACAUUUUGAUUUUUUUUUUUUGAAGUUCAAGACUGUAAUUUAUACUUGAUUCCUGCACUGUGAUAGUACUGUAAUAAGGAAAUGUGAGUGUCUAAGCAUUAGGUUCCAGCACUGUUUAUUGUGUUGUGAUUAUUCAUGUCAUGUACUGGAAGAG